AUGUUCCUUGACAAAAUAAAACCAACUACAGAAAUAAACGACGCAAGACUGAAAGAUUGGGUAAAAGCUUUCCCAUUCACAAAAGAUAUAGUUGGUAACAUGGAAAGAAAACCAGAAUGGUUACAAAAACAUAUAUUUGGAAACGAGCUUAUUCCAUAUGGACAGGCACUGUUUGAAGAGCUUGAACCGGAAACUCAGGAAAGAGUCAUGCAAACAAUACGCGACGACUCAAAUACAGACUAUGACAAACUCUUUCUAGGAUAUAGGUUACCUGAGAUGGGCGACCAGAGCCCAAAGGCAAAAAGGACAUGGGAAAUUUACACAUACUAG